AUGGAUUCCUAUCCAUAUAAUAACCAGAAUACAAAUUUUGUUGAUCUCCUAAAUAGUCAACAAGAUAUUGUCUUCGGUUUUGGACAAGAUAAUGCCGAGGUAUCUUCAUCCCAAGUGCCUAUUUUCGGUGAAAAUUCAACUGCAGAACGUAAGGAACGAAGGACGUGGUCACCUACCGAUGACAUAGUGCUCAUCAGCUCGUGGUUGAACACGAGCAAAGACCCUAUCGUGGGCAAUGAGCAGAAGUCGGGUACAUUCUGGACAAGAGCCUCGGCUUACUUUUCUGCAAGUCCGAAGCUGGCCGGUCGUGAACAAAGGGAUAGCAAUCACUGCAAGCAGCGCUGGCACAAGAUCAAUGAUCUUGUAGGGAAGUUUUGUGGAGCGUACGAGGCUGCCACCAGAGAGAAGAGCAGCGGCCAGAAUGAAACUGACGUGCUCAAACAUGCUCAUGAAAUAUUCUUCAACAACCACCAUAAGAAAUUCAAACUUGAGCAUGCGUGGAAAGAGCUGCGGAACGACCAGAAAUGGUGUGAUCUAGCAACUUCUAAACCCGACAGAAGCUCUAAAAGGAGGAAGUGUGACGAAGCUGGUCAAGCAACUACUCGACCCCUGGGUGUGAAGGCUUCAAAGGGGCAUGGCAAGCAUAAGAACAAGACUGAGAUCCACUCGCCGGCUGGUUUUCAGAGCAUGUGGGACAUCAAGAAAGAAGAUUUGGCUAUCAAAGAGAGGGUCUCGAAGAUUAAGCUACUUGAAAUUCUUAUUGCUAAAACGGAACCAUUGGCUGGCUAUGAAGAAGCACUGGAGAAAAAGCUAAUUACUGAGUUGUUUACUUAA